GGCGGCAUCUUAUCACAAGUCGAGCCAGGCCAUACACGGACGCAUAUAUACUUACCACCACAUCUCCUUGCGUUGCAAACACGUAGAUCUCCCCUGAAAGCUCUGAACCGUGAAGCAUAUCAAGAGGGGAACACAGCAAACAAAACAGGAGGCAUGAGGAGGAACACUCUCCUUGCCCUGGCGUCCUGGCUCAUGCUGCUUCUGCUUGCGCUCUUCAUCACAACCACCACUGCUUCACUGCCGUGCCAGUGCUGCUGGAUCGUGGAGCAUCCGACGAGGACCUGCGGCCACGCCUGCUGCGGCGACAACUGCUGCCCGCCCGCUCCACCGCCGUCGGCACGCUGAAAAAGGAUGCCCAGGCUUGUUCAUCGGAAGUAAAAAUAAAAAUAAAAAUAAUCCAGAGGGAAUGAUGUUGUACUCAUACUUACCUGCUCUUCUGUGAGCAUGUAAUGGUCUCUAUAACUUUCCAGCAAUAAACAUCCCUUGGCUCCUUCA